AAACGUAUCUUAUUGUAAAUUCUGCGUCAGCUUUUCGACAAACUCUUAUUCCAUAAGAAAAGUCUGUCAAUUUCACUAAUUUUUACUGGUCAACAGACUCAACACCGUUUCCUGCAUAAACAGCUGAUGCCUUUUUGAGCUCUCAUUCUUUUUUAUUGGAUCUGGUCAUAAUCAAAUACCACUUUGAGUACUCACGCUUCAGGAUUUUCUGUCUCUGUUCAUGAAUUGGUCCUUUUUAAGUUUUUUUUUUUGAGCUCAUUUAUACCGAGUUGUUUGUAGAUUUUGCUCUUUUUGUCACUUGAUUCGAUAUUUUGAUUCUUUUGGGAAAAUAAAUUCUGGGUUUUGUUUGGUUGAUUGAGUUGUGAUUCCAAGUUUUGCUUUUUGGGUACAAGUUGUAUAUCGAACUCAAAUCGAAGUUUUUAAAGUUUAGAGCUUGGUUGGUAGCUAUGGUGAAGCUAUGCUAUGGACAGGUGAGGUAAGUUGGCAAGAUUUUGUUGGUAAAAAAAAGUGAAAAUAGGAUUGUGGCUCCUGCCUCUCCUCCGGCGUCGUUUCCUCCGCCGAUUUGGCCAAGGAAGGGAGGUUGGAAAUCUCUACCUUCACAUUUAGCUGCUCCUUCCGAUUCCGGAGUGUGAGACCCGCAGUUGAUAGUAGCUCGUGGGGGCGAGUGAACAGUGCAUACCUAUCUAAUACAUUCAGUGUUUGUGUCUGAAAUCAUUUUGGGGAUUAUUUCUACCAUUCUACUGAGUUCAUGCUCAUCCCUCGCAAGAGAGAUGGGUGUGACAUUAGCUAUGCCGAUUAAAGAUAAAAUGAUCCACAUAAAGUCAAAUUGCUUCAUGUUUUUGGUGAUUAUGCUUUGUUCAUCUAUGGUGGGAAGUCUGGAAGACAGACAGAUCACAGGGGAAGUAUAUUUGAGCCAGCUAGUCAAUCUAGUGACUGGGGAGGUUGAUGAGGGCGUGGCAGAGCUAUUAUGGAUCAGUUGCAGGCUAGAUUUGCUUUGCUUGAAGAAAGCUGAUAAAGAUCUUGACUUCUGUUUUCCAGAGGAGACUUUUGGUAUGGCUGGUGAAUGUAAUUCAGCGCGUAGGUCACUGGUGAAAAAAAACACUUGGAAAAUAAUUAAAGUCCAACAUCCCAAAUUAAAGCAAACACUUCUAGAUUGCAUGAAAAGGAAUAAUAAUCUGUUACAUGUUGGAAAAGGUGACUCUAAUAUUCAACAUACCAGGUAUCUUGAUUCCUUUUUCCCUAAGGUUGCUGUUAAGAGAAGGAAUUUGCUCCAGACAAAUGCAGAUUCACCAGCCCCUGUUGUUGGAUCACCUUUUCCGAGCCCAGCGCCAUCUCCUGAUUCGGCACCUUCUCCAGUACCUACUGCCUCAGAUCCUCCAAUACCUUCUCCUUUAAGUCCUCCUGUUUCUGCUCCUGCAAGUCCUCCAGUUUCUACUCCUAAAAAUUCUCUUCCAUCUCCACAAACACCUUUUUUUCCUAUUGGAGAUGGAUCACCACCUCCAGCUAUAAAAGAUGCAUCUGCAGAUCCUACUUCUGGUCCAAAUGUUGAGGCAAAUAGUAGUAAAAGUAACCAUAAAGUAAUUAUUGUUGCAGUAGUGGUCACUGCUAUAUUGACAUCUGCCAUUGCAGGGUUGAUCUGUUUUUGUUGUCCUAAGAUUUUUAGAAAAGGUUCUGGCCUUGGACGUAAUGAUGAAAGUCGUCUUCUUAACCUGAGCUUAAGUGAUUACUCUACUGGUUCUUAUAAGUUCUUCGGUUUAGUAAAUUCUGCUGAAGGAGAGAAGGUGGGCCACCAGUCAUUCAAUAUGAACUCAAACUAUGAUAAUCCAUCUUUGCAUAGUAUCAAGUCUGAUGUUCUUAGUACCCCAGCAGAAGAAAAUACAUCCUUUGGAGGUGUUGGUGCUACUGGAGUCUCUUCUGAAUCGAUUGACAAAUCUAGCAAUAGUAUUGGACUUUUACCUCUUCCUCCUGGAAGGGCAAAUAUCAUGCCUCCUUUGAAGCCUCCUCCCAGAAGGGCAACCCCUCUUCCUCCUGAACCACCUGCUGCUCUUAGACCUCUUCCCCCCAUCAAGGCUGGUUCCACUCCCCCUCCCCCUCUCCCACCUCGUGCACCAACUCCUCCUGCAAAAGCUUCUGGUAGUGCAGAUCUUCGCCCUCCUGUGCCACCUCCUCCUGGACCACCUCCUCCACGACCUGUAGCUCAUGAUGCCAAACUUGGUCCAUCUCCACCACCCCCACCCCCAAAGACUAGUAUGGCUCCCCGACCACCACCACCAUUGCCUGGAGGUUCGAAGGUUCCUCAUCCACCUUUUGGUUCAAAGCUUCCAUCUAAUUCAACAUCAGGUGAAGGAGAUGGUAUGGAGGGUAAUUCCAGUACUACUAAAGCUAAAUUGAAGCCCUUUUUUUGGGAUAAAGUCAUGGCCAAUCCCGAUCAUUCAAUGGUUUGGCAUCAGCUUAAAACAGGAUCAUUUCAGUUCAAUGAGGAGAUGAUAGAAACAUUGUUCGGGUAUGCACCUGCUGACAGAAAAGCUGAUCGAAGAAAAGAUUCAUCUUCUGAAGAUCCUUCAUCCCAGAAUAUUCAAAUCCUUGAUACCAAAAAGGCACAAAAUUUAGCAAUUCUUUUGCGAGCUUUAAAUGUAACAAUAGAAGAAAUCUCUGAUGCACUUCAUGAAGGAAAUGAGCUUCCGGUAGAGCUCCUUGAGAUUUUGUUGAAGAUGCCACCUACAGCAGGUGAAGAACUGAAGCUUAGGUUGUUCAACGGUGAAAUUUCUCAACUUGGACCCGCUGAACGGUUCCUGAAAGUAUUAGUUGAUAUUCCAUUUGCGUAUAAACGACUAGAAGCACUGCUUUUCAUGUGUACUCUACAGGAAGAUGUUAACACUACUAAGGAGUGCUUUGAAACUUUAGAGGUUGCUUGUAAGGAAUUAAAAAGCAGUCGGUUGUUCCUCAAGCUUUUAGAAGCUGUUCUUAAAACUGGCAAUCGUAUGAAUGAUGGAACAUUUCGUGGUGGUGCACAAGCAUUCAAGCUUGACACACUAUUGAAACUAUCUGAUGUGAAGGGAGUAGACGGUAAGACCACACUUUUGCACUUUGUUGUUCAGGAGAUAAGCCGUUCAGAAGGAGUGAAAGCUGCUCGCACGGCAAGAGAGGGACAUAAAAACUCCAAUAUCAGUGACACAAAUGAAAAUGUGUUUGAGGACAUUCCCCUUGAUACAGAAGAUGACUAUCGCAGCCUUGGUCUUCAGGUAGUUUCACGUUUGAGCAGCGAACUAGAAAAUGUCAAGAAAGCAGCAGCUGUAGAUGCUGAUAGCAUAACAGGAACUGUUGCUAAACUUGGCAAUUCAUUGUUAAGAGCCCAAGAUUUACUGACCAAGGACUUGAAGAAUUUAGAAGGAGAGAGUAAGUUCUAUCAAGUAUUGAAAAAUUUUGUGCAAAACGCGGAGGUUGAUGUCAUGUCAUUAUUGUCAGAAGAGGAGAGAAUUAUGGCUCUAGUGAAGAGCACCGGUGAUUACUUUCAUGGUAAGGCAGGGAAGGAUGAAGGGUUGCGUCUGUUUGUCAUAGUGCGCGACUUCUUGAUAAUUUUAGAUAAGGUGUGCAAACAGGUAGCAGAAGCACAAAAGAUAACGGAGAAGACACCAAAAAAAGGCUCCUCCUCGCGCCAACAACUUUCGCCUGAUUUUCGUACACAGUUAUUUCCAGCAAUUCAAGAACGGAAAAUGGUAAAUUCUAGUUCAGAUGAUGACAGUGAAUAAUUUUCAUGUGUCAAGGUUAUACUAUUCAUCAGCCAUUAUAUACUUCUCACCAGGGAUUUGGUUGAAGGUCUUAGUGGCCGAGCAGAUAUCUCAGCAGAGGACAGAAACACUUCCAUUAGUUAGUAGUUAGAUAGUGUACUGCUCAUCAUUGUUUUUGAAAUUCUUUGUUUUAAAUUGGAACAGUUAAUUUAGUUAGUCAUCUCUCAAGUUCUAUUUAACAUAUUUUUUUCCUUAAGAAUUUUUUUGUAUAAUUUAUUUAUAUUUUAAAAUGAUAAAAUAGCCAUUAAAAGUUUGUCUGCA